AUGAAGAAGAAGACCGUCUUCGUAACCAUCACCCCGAUUCCCUCUCAUAUACCUCGCCAAUUGGCUAUUGAUAUGCUUCACAGCCAUCAGGAGAUCAUUGAGCUCAACCCUCUCGUAAUUGGUGUCAAACCAAUCAAAGCCCCCCAGUCGGCACCCCCGGACGAGUUCUUCUCAACCUGGUACGACAUUACAGAACGAAUUCAAUAUGUGCCGGGCAUGGGAAGAUUCGGGUCGGGGAAAAUCAAUUUCAAUGGCUGUUUCCAUGACAUGCCUUGGGGUCUACAGACACAUGUAUAUGCACCGAUGGGUAUAGACCUCCGAAACAAAUGGCAGAUUCGAGGUAACCAGCCUGGAGAACCCCCAGAAACCAAGGAACUUGGAAGUGGUGCGCCUCCUUCGGGAUUAUACCUCAGAGAAGAUAUCGAGAUAAAAUGCAAUCCAGCGAUGGUAUCAUUUGUGAAGAAGGAAAUGAAGGCUUCCUCCAAGACUAUGGUCGAUCGUCUUGUGAAGAAGGCUGAAUUGAUCGAUGCAGGUGUCCUCAGCGCAAUGUUCGAUGAUGGAAAACUCAAGACCAUGAAUCCUGCGGAUCGAUCGCAAACAUUCCAAACAUCUGGUCAUUAUUCUCCGGGCUUACUCUCUCCUGCGCCGUCGUCAUUUGGCGCUCCUCCCCAGUCACCUGGGCUUUAUCCUCCAUCAGCCCAUCCAAACUCUGCCCAUCCAAACUACGCCCAGAAUCAAUCAGCCUUUACUCAAAACCAAUCAGCCUACGCGCGACAGUCGCAAUACGGUCAAUAUGGCCACGCCCCACCACCCCAAGGCCUGGCCAUCGAAAUGCCAGGUAGCACGCAUUUCGCGCCAGAUACCAAGCCACCACAGCAACAUCUGCAUCCAUCCAACAAUCGCUUUUCAUCAGCCGUGUCGGAGUUGUCAGCGAGUUCUCCGCAUAAUUCCAAUUUUCAGAUGAACAGUUCUGCGUCUGACCGACAAAGCUAUGCUGGUUCAGUUAGCUCCCAUCCUAGUUCCUUCCAACCGGGUGACGAUGGCAAUACAACACAUUCGCCUGGACAUGACAAGCGGGCAUUUGUAGCCGAAUUACCUGCAAGCUUUGGUCCAGUACCUAAUCGUACACCAAGAAGUCCUAACCCGAGUGCUCCAAUGAAUCCCCAACAAACACCACCACAGCCCCAAGCGCAAGACGGGCAGCAAUACAACUACAAUCCAGCUGAUUAUGCUCGCAUGUCAUAA